CUAUAGCAAGCAGAAGCUGAAGAAUAGUCAAAGAAGUGCGGUUCGGAUUCGGUCUUCUUUGGGAUUGGUGCUGGCUUUGCUUGCUUCUGGCAUUAUUUUGAUCAUCAAGAAUAAUAAGAAAAAAAAGGUAGCAGUGAAGAAGUUAACUUGUGUGUAUGUAUGAAAGAAUGUAAAAAAGUAUCUUUUAUCCGCGUGUGUUUUGUUAUAUUCGUACAAGAAAAAAAAAGAGGUGUAAUCAAAGUUUAAGGUGUUUUCCUGUUUAAAAAGCAACAAAGCAAAAAAGCAAAACAAAAAAGCAAAGCAAAACCCGGUUUGUUUUGGUCUUUCCUUUUUUUGUGUCUAUUAAAUUCCUAUUGGAAAAUCGUGUAACAUUGCAAAUAAAGUGCUUAAAGAUACUUCUCCAACACCCCCACCCCCCUUCUCCUCACCGACAGAAGAAAACCACAUUUAAAAGAUACAUAAAUGUCAUAAUUAUUUUUACCUAACCUACCUUACUUAGGAAGGUGUAUCUUUUUAUCUUUAUCUCAGUGGAGUCUUUUAUAUUAAAAAAAAAGAAAGAAAAAGAAAAAUUAGUGAAGUGGAAAAAAAAGAAGUUGUUAGUUCGAAGGCUCAAAAGGAUUUAAGAAUCAAAAAGACAACAACUUUAACAACUUGUUUUGCUACUGGUUUUUUCGUUUUUCUGUUGUACCUUUAUCUCCUUGGACAGAGUAUCUAUCUAAAAAGAGGUCUCUUUAACAAAUAUACAAAGAAUGCACCUGGUCUAGAAAUAGUCGUUUGCUCUGAUAUACCGGCUUGAAAACCGCUCCAUAUUUUGGAGUCAACGUACGUUUAUAGCGCGUAGAUAAAUUCUAUCAGCUCGCACUUGCAACAUCCUAAGUUGCAACUUGGAUUUUGAGUUCAUAUCUUCAAGGUGGAAUACUGCAUCAAAUUGGAUUUGGAUUAAAUACCUACCUAAGCUGAAAUAAUCUCCUCAUCUAUACAGAGACAGGAAUGGAUAACUUGAAAUCUUCAUCUUACUUGUUCUCCAAAUGUGGUGCUAUGACAGUGAUGGUGACACACAGAAAAUGAAGCCAUUAAAUUGUUUCACGACUGAAAAGAACUCAAAAUAGCAGCAGACGACAACGUUAAAAAACAUAAUGUCUGCAGCGACUUCAACUGAAGCCCCCCUGUCACAAAUCAAAAAUUCAAUAACGAACGCACAUAGAAAAAACCAAGACGACAUCGCCUCCGAAGACGACGCCAUGAUGCUUAGCCAUAGACGGAGGUGUACAAAGAAUACCACCGAAGGCCGGUCAUUACUUCAAGUCUUCACAAUUAGUUUAAUAAUUAUUCUAAGCCUACUCACAGUACAAACAUCUUCAUAUUUAAUAGUUGUUAAUGAAACAGUCGAACCGGGCACAGUGAUAUUCAACGCCUCGGUGUAUAAACUUGGCUCGGAGAGGCAUUACAAAAUAAAUGCCCAUAAAUCAGCACAUUUUGUGCAUCACCUAGUCGAAGUUAAUCACAAAGAUGGAAGAAUUAUGCUGAAGAAGCAUCUGAAAUGCGAUGGAAUCUACUAUCCCAACUUGUUCACAUUCUAUGUGGACUCCACAUCGAAUCGGUUAAGGAGUAUAGACUACUAUAGUUUACCGGUUCGAAUAUUUGUUGCGGGAAGUGACUGCAACGAUGAUCGCAGGAUCGAGAUGUACGGUAGGCUCUUCGAGGAGGAAGAUACAGGCUAUUCGAAGAGACGUCGAAGAAGAUUCAUUCAGAAUGACGACGACCCAGAGGAACGGUUCUAUGGGGAGUAUGUGGGCCAUAACUCGUUGGAGUUCAAUCACAAUGACAGUCGUAAAUUUCAAGAUGGCGACUUGAUUUUCGGUGAUUCGUUUGACAACGAAAUGAGACACAAGAUUCUGAGUAGAAAGAGAAGAUCGAGGGAUUUCGAUUCCGACGAAGGUUCAAUGCAUAGAAGGGUUGCCGAUGCAAAGCAAUGGAUCUCGGAGACUUAUGCUUCCUAUGCGAUCCACACGACUGACAAAUGGAACAAGAUUUGCCUGAAAAAGUCUCAAUUUAUCAAUAAUUUGAACGCGUUUCUGCCAAAGUCUGUCUGUCAAAAUUGCAAAGUGAACUUCUUGGAUGUCAACGAUGAACGAUUUCUGAUCGAACCUCAAAAUCGAGAUCUUGUUGCAAGUCGAGAUGUAUGCAUUCAUGAAUCUAUGUGGAAGUUGAUAAUUACGUUUAACAUUCGCUGCAAUCGAAAUGAUAUUGUGGACUCCGAUCAUCGGCUUAAGAUCGUCUACCAUCAUCAGGAGUUCAACGAUACUGACAUUGCGAAAAGAGUCAGGAGAGAGUUGAGAAACCAAAGUCCGUACUUUGAACAGGCUUUGUAUGUAGCUCCAGUCUUGGAGGAACAACCUGCAGGCUCCACUGUGACAACUGUCCGUGCCAGAGACCCCGAAGACUCUCCAGUCGUGUACUCCAUGGUGUCUCUUCUUGACUCAAGGUCCCAGUCACUCUUUAAAGUUGACUCUCGUUCAGGAGUUGUAACCACUUCGGCCAGUCUUGAUCGAGAGCUUAUGGAUGUCCACUAUUUUCGAGUCGUGGCCACUGAUGACAGCUUCCCACCUCGAUCGGGAACAACAACUCUGCAAGUGAACGUUCUUGAUUGCAACGAUCACAGUCCAACUUUUGAAGCAGAACAGUUUGAAGCGAGUAUUCGAGAAGGGGCUACUGUAGGGUCGACUGUUAUUACUCUUCGUGCCACUGAUCAAGAUAUUGGCAAGAAUGCCGAGAUUGAAUAUGGAAUCGAAAAUGUAUCGAGUACUGGAACCACGUCCCAGGAGAAGAACGCAAAUACCUUCCGGAUUGAUGGCAGAACUGGUGUUAUCUCCACCAGGAGCUCAUUAGAUCGAGAGGCUUCGGAAAGCUACACAUUGAUCGUGACCGCUACAGAUAUGGCUCCUCUUCAAAGUGAAAGGAAAACAGCUACUGCUACGGUUCUGGUAAAGAUCUUAGAUGAUAACGACAACUACCCGCAGUUCAGUGAACGAACGUAUACAGUCCAAGUGAAUGAGGACCAAUGGGGCGAUGAUAACGUGGUAGCUCACAUCAAGGCGACUGACGCUGAUCAAGGCAACAAUGCAGCUAUUAGAUAUGCGAUCAUUGGGGGCAACACCCAGUCUCAGUUUUCUAUCGAUUCUAUGAGUGGAGAUGUGUCACUUGUCAAACCUCUGGAUUAUGAAAGUGUUCGAAGCUAUCGUCUGGUUAUUCGAGCUCAGGAUGGUGGAAGUCCGUCGAGGAGUAACACAACUCAGCUUCUAGUUAAUGUGAUCGAUGCCAACGACAAUGCUCCAAGAUUUUAUACUUCUCAAUUUCAAGAAUCGGUACUAGAGAACGUUCCGGUGGGGUAUAACAUCAUUCGAGUGCAGGCUUACGAUUCUGAUGAAGGUGCCAAUGCAGAGAUCACAUACAGCAUCUCCGAAAGAGACGACAACUUCCCACUAUCAGUUGAUCCCCGUACUGGAUGGGUUCAAACCAUCAAACAGUUGGACAGGGAAGAACAGAGCCGAUAUACAUUCCAAGUGAUCGCCAAAGAUGGUGGGAUUCCCCCGAAAUCAGCGAGUUCUUCGGUAGUGAUUACAGUUCAAGAUGUUAAUGACAACGAUCCUGCAUUUCGACCAAAAUACUAUGAAGCCAAUGUUGGGGAAGAUCAGCCUCCAGGAACGCCAGUCACCACAGUCACUGCCACAGAUCCCGAUGAAGAUUCAAGACUACAUUAUGAAAUUACAACUGGCAACACGAGAGGCAGAUUCGCAAUUACCUCCCAAAAUGGUCGGGGAUUGAUCACGAUUGCUCAGUCAUUGGACUACAAGCAGGAACGAAGAUUUCUUCUGACAGUAACAGCAACUGAUUCAGGAGGAAGAUCAGACACAGCCACUGUAAACAUUAAUGUCACCGAUGCCAACAACUAUGCUCCGAUCUUUGAGAAUGCCCCUUACAGUGCGUCAGUCUUUGAAGACGCCCCCAUUGGAACCACUGUCCUGGUGGUUUCAGCCACUGAUAGCGAUGUAGGAAUUAAUGCGCAAAUCACAUACUCCUUGAAUGAUGAAAGUAUAAACGGCAUGGGAGCUCAUGAUCCCUUCUCUAUCAAUCCACAGACAGGUGCCAUUGUCACCAACGCUGUGCUUGAUCGGGAAACUACGAGUGGAUACCUUUUGACAGUGACAGCUAAAGAUGGAGGUAAUCCAUCGCUGAGUGACACUACAGACGUGGAGAUCAGUGUGACAGAUGUAAAUGAUAAUCCACCUGUGUUCAAAAAUCCCCUCUAUCAAGCCUCUAUUUUAGAAGACGCUCUAGUUGGGACUUCGGUUGUUCAAGUUUCAGCAACAGAUCCCGACAUGGGACUAAACGGUCGAAUAAAAUACAUCUUGAGUGAUAAAGAUGAAGAAGACGGCUCUUUUGUGAUCGAUCCAACGUCUGGUACGAUCAGGACUAACAAGGGACUCGAUCGUGAGUCAGUGGCCACAUAUCAUCUUAUGGCUAUUGCAGUUGAUAAGGGAUCUCCACCACUCAGCAGCUCUGUGGAGGUGCAGAUAAGACUUGAGGAUGUUAAUGAUUCUCCCCCAACAUUUGCGUCCGACAAGAUCACUUUGUAUGUGCCAGAAAACUCUCCAGUUGGAUCGGUUGUUGGGGAGAUUCACGCUCAUGACCCAGAUGAGGGAGUAAACGCUAUCGUUCACUAUUCAAUUAUCGGAGGAGAUGAUUCGAAUUCGUUCUCUUUAGUUACCCGCCCUGGUUCGGAACGAGCUCAACUACUGACUAUGACCGAGUUGGAUUAUGAGUCUUCGAGGAAGAAAUUUGAAUUGGUCAUUCGAGCUGCCAGUCCUCCUCUCAGGAAUGACGCUCACGUUGAGAUCCUUGUGACAGAUGUGAAUGAUAAUGCGCCAGUCCUGCGAGAUUUCCAAGUGAUCUUCAAUAACUUCCGAGAUCACUUUCCUAGUGGAGAGAUUGGUCGGAUACCAGCUUUUGAUGCCGAUGUGACAGACAAACUGUCGUACAGGAUUCUUUCGGGAAAUAAUGCAAAUCUCUUAAGACUGAAUACAACUUCGGGAGGACUGAUUCUAAGUCCACAACUGAAUACGAAUGUUCCUAAGUUUGCAACAAUGGAGGUCUCUGUUUCGGAUGGAAUCAACGAAGCCAAGGCUAUUAUGCAACUCUCCGUGCGUCUUAUUACGGAAGAUAUGCUUUUCAACUCAGUGACAGUUAGAUUAAACGAGAUGACCGAAGAAGCCUUUCUAUCGCCCUUAUUGAACUUUUUCCUAGAUGGAUUGGCAGCAAUUAUUCCAUGCCCCAAAGAGAACAUCUACAUGUUUUCGAUUCAAGAUGACACCGACGUAACAUCACGCAUUCUCAACGUAAGCUUUUCGGCCAGGAGACCUGAUGUCUCCCAUGAAGAAUACUAUACGCCGCAAUAUCUCCAGGAACGGGUCUACUUAAAUAGAGCCAUUUUAGCACGCCUAGCAACCGUGGAAGUUCUACCAUUCGAUGACAACCUCUGUGUUCGUGAGCCAUGUUUGAACUUCGAGGAGUGCCUGACAGUUUUGAAAUUUGGAAAUGCUUCGGAAUUCAUUCACAGUGACACCGUUCUCUUCCGGCCAAUAUAUCCUGUGAAUACGUUUGCUUGUUCUUGUCCAGAAGGUUUCACUGGCAGUAAAGAACACUAUCUCUGUGAUACUGAGGUAGACCUAUGCUAUUCCGACCCUUGCCUGAAUGGAGGAAAAUGCCAGCGUCGUGAAGGUGGAUACACUUGUCUCUGUACUCCCGAAUACACGGGGACAAACUGUGAGACUAUCAUUUCGAAACUUAAACCUUGUAACGCUGAACUCUGUGAUGGAGGGCAUUCCUGCAUGAACACCCUCCUGACGAGUUCUCAACCACCUCCAUACACUGCCACGUGUGAACUACGGUCACGUUCCUUCUCCCGGAACUCAUUUCUUACCUUUGAAAGUCUCAAACAACGUCAUCGGUUCAAUCUUAAGCUUCGUUUUGCAACGGUCAACGACAAUGGGUUGCUGCUCUACAACGGACGUUACAACGAGCUUCAUGACUUCGUAGCUUUGGAGAUCUUAGGAGGUUAUGUAUCGUUUUCGUUCUCUCUGGGCGAUCGAAUUCAGUCGGUUAGUGUUAGACAUAAUCCAAAAGUUUCGGAUGGAAACUGGCACAAAGUUGAAGUUACCUAUCUUAACAGGACCGUUACAAUAUCAUUGGACGAGUGCGAUACAGCAAUUGCUCUGGCUGGAAAUCUUGGUGAUCGAUGGAGCUGUGCCAAUCAAACGACUCUAGUUCUCGACAAAAAGUGUGCUUCCCUCACUGAGACCUGCCACAGGUUCUUGGAUUUGACCGGACCCCUGCAAAUUGGAGGGCUUCCAAGAAUUCCCGCUCACUUUCCCGUGGAGAAUCAGGACUUUGUGGGGUGUAUCUCUGAUCUUAGAGUCGAUGAUCGAUUUAUUGAUUUGAAUUCGUACGUAGCUGACAAUGGAACGAUUUCGGGAUGUCCUCAAAAGGCUCCACUUUGUUCAUCAGAUCCUUGCUUCAACAACGGAGUUUGUAAAGAAGGAUGGAAUACAUACACAUGCGAAUGCCCCGAAGGUUAUGCGGGCAAUACAUGCCAAGAACCUAUUCCUUCUCCGUGGAGAUUCUCAGGCGAUGGUAGUUUGAGCUUUAAUCCUCUCCUAAGGCCCAUUCAGCUACCUUGGGUGACGUCGCUCUCCAUCAGAACUCGCCAAAAGGAUGCAUUUAUUAUUCAAAUUCAGAUUGGUCAAAACAGUUCUUCGAUUAUCUGCCUCAGAGGUGGAAUUUUGUACUACAUCUACGACAACGAGCCCAUGUACCUUGCUGGGGCUGACCUGGCCGAUGGAGUUUGGCAUCGAAUAGAAAUCAAAUGGCUUGGGGCUGAAAUUCAGUUUUCUGUUGAUUACGGACAACGGAUGGGAGUUGUCCCAAUGUCACAGAAAGUUCAAGGUCUGUACGUUGGAAAAAUUGUUAUUGGCAGUCCAGAUGUCUCUUUAGGAACCAUGUCUGAUUUGAUGCCGUUUGAGGGUUGCAUCCAAGACGUUAGAAUUGGGGCACCUCAAACAGUUCUAAGUCGUCCAACGAUUCGGGAAAACGUCGAUGAUGGAUGCUUGUCACAAGCUGAAUGUCCCGAGACCUGUCCAAUGCACUCAAGUUGCUUUACUAGCUGGGAUGAGGCUCAUUGCGACUGCCUUCCUGGAUAUGUAGGCCCAGAUUGUGCUCCUAUCUGUACUGUCAAGCCGUGUUCGGCUGGCGUAUGUCGAGCUAACGUUAACGAGCAAAGAGGAUACCGAUGUGAAUGCAACAGCACUCUACAGCAUGGAGACUAUUGUGAAAAAACUGUUCAGCAACCCUGUCCAGGAGGAUGGUGGGGUGAAAAAGGUUGUGGGCCCUGCAAAUGUAAUCUCAAACAAGGCUACCACCCAGAUUGCAACAAAACCACAGGGCAGUGCUACUGCAAGAACAACCACUAUCAGCCUUUGAAUGAAACAGCCUGUAUCCCUUGUGAUUGCUACUCGAUAGGAUCCUUUAACAGCGCUUGCAACCGCCUUACUGGUCAGUGUGAAUGUCGGGAAGGUGUCAUCGGAAGAAGGUGUGAUUCCUGCUCGAAUCCUUACGCUGAAGUCACUCUGAAUGGCUGUGAAGUUGUCUAUGAUGCUUGCCCAAGAUCUUUCUCCGCUGGCAUCUGGUGGCCGAGAACGCCUCUAGGAAGCACAACAAUUGAGAAUUGCCCAGCACCAAGCCGUGGAAAGGGUUCAAGAGUUUGUGAUAUUACUUCUGGAGGAUGGGGUCCAGCAGAUAUGUUCAAUUGUACUUCAGAACCUUUUGUAGAAAUUCGAAAACAAUUAGGUCAAUUGGAGAAGAUGGAACUUGAACUGAAUUCCUUUGUCUCAGUCAAACUGGCGGAGAGUCUCCAACAUGCCUGUGAGAUGGUUGAUCGAUCAAGUACAGUGAAAAAGACGAAACCCAAAGAUAGUCGGCGGUACAAAAUGGAGUCUUCUUUCCUGAUAAAUGAAGCUAACAAUAUGUGGUCAAAUGAGUUUGAGAUGGACUAUCUCUCCGACGAGGUCAAGUUCACGCAUGACAGGCUUUAUGGGGCUGAUCUUUUGGUCACUGAAGGAAUUCUUCAUGAGCUUAUAAGCUACGAGCUUAUGCAAAGUGGACUGAAUCUUUCCCACAGCCAGGAUAAAUACUUCAUAAAGAAUCUCGUUGACAGUGCUAGUGUAAUUCUGGACAAGAAAUACGAAAAGGAAUGGAAACGAGCCAUGGAAUUGAUCCAACGAACUCCCGACGACCUGAUUGAUGCUUUCAACAAAUAUAUGAUAGUUUUAGCCCGAUCUCAGCACGAUACCUAUACGAAUCCCUUUGAGAUUGUCCAAAAGAACAUGGUGCUAGGCUUGGAUAUAGUGACAACCGAAUCGCUCUUUGGCUAUGAACCAGAGCAGUUGAGUGAAUACCAUAAGACAAAGUUCCUGAAACCAAACCAGUUCACUACCGAAAGCGUUGUACUUCCCGACACGAGUGGCUUCUUGCAGCAUUCAGCAAAACAGAAACCAGCUAUCACGUUCCCAAAAUACAAUAACUACAUCCAAGAUAAGAACAAGUUUGAUAAGUACACAAAGGUUUUGGUUCCCCUGGACAUGCUUGGAAUUCAGCCUCCAGAAAAGAACGAAGUCACUCAAGGUUCAAAUGACUACCGGGCAAUUGUCAGCUAUGCCCAGUACAAGGAUGUUGGAGAACUGUUCCCGGAAAUGUUCGAUGAAACAAUUACUCGACGAUGGGGAGUGGAUAUCCAGGUGGCAACACCAAUUCUUUCACUGGCUAUCUUAGUGCCGAGCAACGAUGAAGACAAAAAGAUUGAAAUUCCAUCCCGAAAGAUCUCAUCUCAAAAAACCGACAAGUCAGAAAAAGAUUCCGUCGUAGAAGUGUUCGAGGUUCCUAGUGGGACUGCUGGCAAGGACAAAAGCAGUGAAGAACAUAUGAAUGAAAACAUCAAAAUCAUUGCUCACGAAAUCGAAGCCUCCGAGGAAGAAGUCGAACUCGAUGUCGAUCCAGACAUCCAUGUUCAUUUCGAUGAAAGUGACAUAGAGUUUCGUGGCUCAAGUGGUGAAGAUACUCAACUACCUGCUUCAUCAAACGAAGCUGAAAAGCCAAAGAUUGAUCCAACAUUGUCUCAGGAAAAUGAAUCAACCUAUCGGGCACGAAGACUGGUCAAACGUCAAGCUGAAGUUAUUUAUCCAUCAGAACAGGAUCAGACUACAGAGAAACAUCUCACCUAUCGAUCAUUAGGAUCUCCACAUCUUUCUCAGCCGAUUAAGUUGCAAAUGUGGUUAGACAUUGACCCAACGAGAUUCGGUCCUCGUUCAAACCCUCAGUGUGUACGCUGGAACACCUUUACAAAUCAAUGGACUCGACUGGGAUGUCAAACCGAGAUCCCCGACUAUGAUGAAGGGAUUGUAGAAGGCCAACCGAUCAUGAUCAAUUGCUCCUGCUCUCAUGUUUCCAACUACGCUGUCAUCGUAGACAUCAUUGAUCCUGAAGACAUCCCAGAGCCAUCGCUGCUCGUUCAAAUAACAUCUUACUCAGCCUUCAUGCUCUCUUUGCCGAUACUGUUUAGUGUUCUAGUGGCUCUCGGUCUUCUGCGGGGAAUGCAGACAAACUCAAAUACCAUCCACCAGAAUAUUGUCCUGUGCGUUUUCUUUGCAGAACUCUUGUUCUUCGUCGGAAUGCAAUCACGAAGGAAUCUUUUGGAGAAUGAGUUCCCUUGCAAACUCAUCGCGAUUUGCUUGCAUUACACCUGGUUAGCAGCAUUCGCUUGGACUACAGUGGACUGCGUACAUUUGUACCGGAUGUUAACCGAGAUGCGGGACAUAAAUCACGGUCCAAUGGGUUUCUACUUCUCCAUGGGAUACGGAGCACCUGCCAUAGUUGUGGGACUUUCCGUUGGAGUGAGAGCGCAUGAGUAUGGUAAUAGCUUGUUCUGUUGGUUAUCUGUUUAUGAGCCCGUUGUCUGGUGGUUAGUUGGACCGAUUGCCGGAAUGUCUGUCAUCAACCUGCUUAUUCUCUUCGUAUCUGUUAAGGCUGCAUUCACACUGAAAGAUCACGUACUAGGCUUUGGAAACCUUCGAACUCUUUUAUGGCUUUCAGUUGUUUCGCUUCCUUUGAUGGGAGUCAUGUGGGUGUUGGCUGUGCUGGCUGCUUCAGAGAACUCCCAGCUCCUCAGCAUUCUUCUCUCAGCCGUGGUGGUCUUACAUGCGAUAUUUUGCUUGAUCGGCUAUUGCAUUAUCAACAAGCGAGUGCGAGAAAAUCUUCAUCGAACUUUCCUCCGAUGUAUGGGACGUAAAGUUCCGCUCUUAGAUUCAUCACUGGUAGUCAGUAAUAGUUCUCACAAUGUUAACUCGUCUCGUCCAAAUAAUUUCCUAGCUGGAAACUAUGACACAGCAAGAAGAAACAUAGGAAUCAGUGCAUCCAGUACAACGUCAAGGAGUACAGCCAAGACAAGUUCUAGCCCUUACAGUGACGGACAACUGCGACAGACUUCAACAUCAACAUCAAACUACAAUUCUGCCAGUGAAGCUCCUAGCUACCUUCGUGGCUUUGAGUCUUCCAGCAGUCGAAGGGAAGAGAAACCUCGUCGCCACCGAAAAGAUUCAGAUUCUGGUUCAGAAACAGAUGGUCGAAGCUUAGAACUUGCCAGUAGUCAUUCUAGUGAUGACGAUGAGUCGAGGACGGCAAGAAGUACCGGAACCCACCGAAGUACUGGAGUCAGCGCUACUCCUUCAUACCUUCCAAAUAUCACUGAACACGUACAAGCUACAACUCCACCAGAGCUGAAUGUCGUACAAAGUCCACAACUCUUCCCGAGUGUUAAUAAACCUGUCUAUGCCCCACGCUGGUCCAGUCAGCUCCCAGACGCUUAUCUGCCAUCACCUCCAAACAUCGGAAGAUGGUCCCAGGAAACCGGAUCGGACAAUGAAAUCAUCCACCCACACAAAACCAACUCACCAAAUCCCCUGCCAAAUCCCGAUCUAACAGACACGUCGUAUCUGCAUCAACAUCAGAAUAAAAUCAACAUGCCGCCUUCCAUUCUGGAAAAUAUCCAAAACGCCCGAAAUGACAAUGGCUACGAAGUGGAACGUGAAAGCCUGUAUGGUCGGCGGAAGGACUACCAAGACAAUUACGGCCAGUUCGAUAUGCAAGGUCAGACCGUCACCGGAACAUACAAACCUCCAAGUCAUUAUGGCAGUGAAAAAGACUACGGAGGCGGUGGCAAUGGAGGUGGAUCCCAGAUCGUGAACCACAUGCGGUCCUUUCAUCCCGACAACGCGUACCUAAGUGACAAUAUCUACGACAAACAGAGAACGCUGGGCAACACCUAUCUGACUGCGAAGUCUGAGUCACCAUACAUGUCAAAAGAACGCAUAGCCCCUGAUAUUUACGGCUCACGGGACAACCAUUACACUCUCAAAGCUCAGCCCCUCUAUGGCGAAUCUAUGCACAGUGUGCACUCUCUGCUGAAGAACGACUACCAGCAGAAUCAGCAACAACAGCAUCAGCAGGCUCAACAAAUCCGCCAAAUGGAAUACCAUUCCGAUCGGAUGUCAGAUGGAUCCGAAAAAAACGGAUACCAUUUUCCGUACACCGCUGAGGAAGACCACUCAGCAACGAGCCUUAGCCGGAAGCAGAACCACCAUAUGGUCAACGAUAUCAAUAACCCAGGAAUUCCCCAGAAUCGGCUCUCGUCGAGGCACGGUUCCAGAGCUGCUUCCCCACCGAGCAUAGUGGCACCAAUGCAGCCAUUAGCCCCUCUAACCAGUAUUACAGACACUGAAUCUGAGUUAUCCAUCAUUUGGCUGCACAGGCGACAACGAUAUCCUUGGUCUCUAACAAUAUGGUAGACGAAAAUAAUAAAAUAAGAAAAAAACAAAACUUAAAAACUUCUUCUUCAUUUUUCUCUCCACAAAAACAUAAAACCCAUCCAAUAAAAGAUUGAUUUAUUAAAUUAAUGAACAAAAAAAAAAAAAACUGACCUCAAAAUGCCAAAGUUUAACAAGUUGCAUGCAAAUCUCUUAGACCCAAAAAUGAACAGCUUAAAAAGUAAAAUUACUCUACUUCUUCAAUUUAUUUAUAUCUAAACUUAAAAAACAAAAAAAUAUAGCCAACACGCUUGGAUGCUAAUAUUAUAUGGGUGAGGAGGAAAAAGAAUGAAGCCAUUGAGUAUAAUACUUAGUACAAGUAGUUAACCUCUCUCUAAACCUCUACUUACCCAGACCCACCUCAAGCCCUAUACUCUGUCCACUUUCUUAUGGUCCUUUCACUUAAACUUUGCUUCCACCACCUCUGCCACUACAUCAUCACUAGCCACCAACCAGAGUGAAGCCAGAGCCAGCGCCAACGCCAUCGCCAACGGCUCCUUCGGGACUAAUUAAUUAUUCCUACUUAAGGAGUUAACUUCGAGUUCAUUUCGAUAUUCCAACUAUAAUAAUGAAAAAGCUAAUAAAUUAUAUAGUAGAGCUCUUGGUUGGUUUGGUCGUCGAGGAUUGAAUCCUUCUUAGUCUCCUUAACUUUUUUUUCCUUAUUUUUGUUUUUCUCCGGUUAGAAAUGUUCAAUCAUUGAUUUUUCAUUAUUCCUAUUUGAAACUUUACUUUUUAUAUAAAAGUACCUGCCUUAUUCUUGUGAUUCAGGAUGGCAGGACAUCACAAUUAAACUUUGACCUCCUCAACCCAAACUAAUCCAACCCCCUCCUCCUCGCAAUAAACUCCUCUUCCAUUUGAAGUUGAUUUUGAAAUCGCUAGUUUAUUGUACAGUACAACAUGUAACUUUAUACUUCUAAGAAUCCUUUUUCUAUAGCCUCCUUCAAAGG